UCUCCGCCUACCAACGACCUUGGACUGGAGCCCUCCUCCGUCGGAGAAGAAGAUCUAAAAAUGCGACUCUCUCGACUCGAGUUACCCAAAUUCUCCUCAAAAUCUCGCGUUUAUCUCAAUAAAAACUCUCUAUCUUCUCCCCCAUGAGGGAUAGAGAAGAAGAAGGAAGAAAAAUUCAUCCUUUUCUUCCCAAAAUGACCCUGAAAUCUCUCAACUACGUCGUUUCAAUGCUGGGUUUGGGACUUCUGCUCCUCUUCUUAACUGGGUUCCUCUCAUUCCCUUCCACAAUCUCCUCAAUCCCACCUAUCGAAACGAAAUCGGAAAAUUCGGCAUCUGGGUCCCCUCCAAUUGACGAAUCGAAAUCAGAGAAUUCGGCAUCUGGGUCCCCUCCAAUUGACGAAUCAAAAUCAGAGAAUUCGGCAUCUGGGUCCCCUCCAAUUGACGAAUCGAAAUCAGAGAAUUCGGCAUCUGGGUCCACUCCAGUCGACGGCUCUAGAGCCGAAGAUCCUUUCAUCGACGUGUUUGGAGCCUUCAGGAAGUGGGAUGCGAACGUGGGAUGUGCACAGUUUAAGGAGAAGCGCAAAGGGUGGCCUGCGAAUGGGUCGUCUCUGCAAGAUGUCGAUGGGGCGGUCGACUGCGGGCAGUUGAAGAUGGCCCACGUUAGCGUCUUGAUCAAGGGGUGGACUUGGGUGCCGGACAAUUUGGAUAAUCUGUAUUCAUGCAGGUGCGGAUUGAGCUGCCUUUGGACCAAAUCGCCGGUUUUGGCUGAUAAGCCCGAUGCAUUUCUGUAUGAGACCAUCCGGCCUCCGAUUCAGAGACGCAAAGGAGAGCCACUCCGUGUGUACAUGGAUCUUGAGGCGGGUAGGAAAAGAUCAGGAUUUGAAGAUAUUUUUAUUGGUUAUCAUGCUAAAGAUGAUGUUCAGUCAACUUAUGCUGGUGGCCUCUUCCACAACAACCGCAAUUAUGGUCUGUCAUCCAGGAAGAACAAUGAGACGCUUGUUUACUGGUCUUCCUCAAGGUGCCUUCCUGAGCGAAACCGACUUGCCAAGAAUCUCCUCUCCUUGUUGCCUCACCACUCCUUUGGCAAGUGCUUGAACAAUAUGGGGGGCUUGGACAUGGCACUCGAACUCUACCCCGAGUGUGCAAACAGUGCAAAAUCCGCCCCUAGCUGGUGGGACCAUCUACAUUGUGCAAUGUCACAUUACAAGUUUGUCCUUGCCAUCGAGAACACCAUGACUGAGAGUUAUGUGACAGAAAAGCUCUUUUAUGCUCUAGACUCCGGUGCUAUCCCUAUCUAUUUUGGCGCACCGAACGUGUGGGAUUUGGUCCCUCCGAAUUCCAUAAUAGAUGGAACCAAGUUCAAAUCAUUAGAGGAGCUGGCUUCAUAUGUGAAGGCUCUUGCGAAUGACCCUGUGGCCUACUCGGAGUAUCAUGCGUGGAGGAGGUGUGGUGUAUUGGGAAACUAUCGCAAGACACGGGCAGCGAGCCUCGACACAUUGCCUUGCCGAUUGUGCGAGCUUGUUAGUAGAAAAGGCGGGAGAGAUACAAGAACACUAUGAAGUUGUAAUCUGCUAUCUGGACCAUUUAGAAGUACACGGACAGUGAUCUGACAAUUCUGACCAUUCCAAGAUGGUGGGCUGUGAUCAACUCCGUUCAAUAGUAGGUGGACAAGAAUUUAGACCAUUUCGAGAUGAUGAACAGCGAUCCGGACUAGUACUUCCAUCAAUACAUGCAAAGGUAUGACCAUGUCUCCAUAGAAAUCCUUAAAAUAUGAAACUUCUUUUACAAGCACCAACUUCUCUAGCUAACAAACAAGUGCUGCAGCUUGAUAAUUCUUCAAUUUUAUUUUAUUUUUAAAUUUUUUUAUUCUAUUCUUAUUCAACUUUGUAAAUUAUUUGAAAAUUAUUAAAUUAAUUAUUGCAUUUUGAGUA